CGGCUCUAACGGUGAGAGCAGCCCGGUAACGUUACAUCCCGCAGACUUGAGCCGCUGGGUUAAAGACAGAGAGUGGUGUAUCGCAGUUAGAGAAUCGUUGAGAACAUUAAGUCCCCGGUCCGCCAUGUUCAGGAAUUAGUUGAUGUGUGUGUCCAGUGUAAUGGUGGCGCUGUCCAUCUCCCGCCUUUAAACAUCCCUGACCCGGAACCGCGCCAUGUGACUUCAGCACUAUGGAGUCUCUGGUGACGCGUAUUCGCACGGAAAUAUGGCAUAGCUAGCGCUAAACCUCUUCAACUGUGUGCUGCAGCUUAUUCACACGGAGAGCUGUAAACCGUAGCGGGCAGGAAGCGUGUUCAGCCGGGGAAAGGGUCAGAGUCGCGGGUUGAGCGGUAACACGGCCCGGGGCUCAGUGCUGGCUGGGGACGGGCGCUAGCUAACGUUAGCUUCUCCACGCAUCAUCAGUGCUAUAAAGAUGGAGUCUUCAGAGCAGUCUCCUCCAGAUUCAGGAGCUCAGGAAGUGAACCCUGUGUUCCUUCAGCAGCUGAGAGAGCUAGAUAUUCCAGAGGAAGCUGCCAAACAGGCACUCCUACACACUAGGAAUGUGUCUGCUGAGGAGGCGGCCAUGUAUUACUUCAACAAACUGGAGAACGAGGAAGAAGGAGAUGAGGACAUGAUGUUCAAGAUGGUUUUUGUUGUGAACAUGGAGCUGUCCAUGGGAGUUGGGAAGGUGGCGGCACAGGUGGGCCAUGCAGCUGUGGGUCUGUACCAGGCCAUGCAGGAGAAGAACACCUGGAGGGAGAUGGCAUGGAAGUGGGAUCAUGCAGGGGCUAAGAAGAUUGUGCUACAGGGCACCAACAUGGCACACCUCUUGGAGUUGCAGGCUCUUGCUAUGAGUCUAAGUCUCCCUACCAAACUGAUACAAGAUGCUGGUCUCACUCAGGUGGAGCCAGGCUCUAGCACUGUGCUGGCCAUUAUGGGAGAGGAGGAGAUGGUCAAUAAUGUCACAGGCAGUCUGAAAUUGCUUUGAACGCUGAGGGAAGGAAAGACAACUGUGGAAAUCUGAGUACAUAAUGUACCAGUGAGUGUCCACAGGGGGGCAGCAUAGCCCCAGAGCAGCGAGGUUCUCAACAUGUUAAAAAACAAUCCCACAUAAAAUCCCAUAGCAUUCACAUACUCCUACUGACUUGCACUGACUCUCACUUACACACACACACACACACACACACACACACACACACACACACACACACACACACACACACACACACACACACACACAGACAGAAUAACAAUAACAUCAGUUUGGGUGGGAGGAGGGCUGCACAAGUGGAGGGUUGCCUGGGUGUGUCAUUCCAGGCUGAUUUAACGUUUACAAUGUAUUCGCAUUCACGUUACGUUACGAAAGGAUCUCUGUUUCCGUAGAAAAGGGAAAAUGUGUGAAGACCAACAAUGAACAUAUCAGUAUGUGAUUAAAUGGGUAGGUGAUACCCAUCAUACCCUCUUACAUAAAUAUUUAGCACUUAAUUAAGUUAGAACCUAGUGUUUUGGUGAUUGUUGAACCAAAGUAGUCCUUGUAAAACAGUCAAAUGAAAUGUAACACUACAUAUUAAUGCAUCCUCUCUAGAUGUACGAACUCCUGAAAUAUCUCUGUAGAAAGUUUACUGCUUAUCAGUAAAGGGGCUUCCUUUGCUACGAAUUGUGAUGUAUAAAUCUAUGUAUGUAUAUAACUUUUAUGUAACUUAAAUGUAAUGAUGUGAUGCCCCCCUUGCAAACAUUGUUAUGUAGAAAUAACAGGAAUGCGUGUCGAUAUGGAAAAAAGCUGAAUCUCAAAGCCAUAUUGUGGAGUGCCAUUGUUAAUGUUUUCUGUCACUUUUUGACUGUUGUUUAAGUUCUUUUAUUCUGCAUCUACUUAUUGUUACUAAGGAGGUUCAUCAUUUGCAAUAAUACUGACAUGCUAUUUGUCUUUUUUUUCUCGGUUACAAUAAAACAAUGUUUCAGUGUUCAGAA